AUGUCUUCCGAUAAAGAAUACUAUGAAAUACUUCAUGUUGAAAAGACUGCCUCCGCAGAAGCAAUCAAGAAAGCGUAUCGGAAGCUAGCGCUAAAAUGGCACCCAGAUAAAAAUCCUGAUAACCAAAAAGAAGCUGAAUUAAAAUUUAAAGAAAUUUCAGAAGCUUAUGAAGUGUUGUCAGAUUCUGAAAAGCGUGCAAUGUAUGAUAAGUAUGGAAAAGCAGGACUUCAGGGAGAUUAUGGUUCCUCAGGCGGCUUUGAAUUUACUUUUAGCGACCCGAUGGAUAUCUUUAGAUCUUUCUUCGGAGGAAGGGACCCUUUCUCGGAAAUGUUUUCUUUUGAUCCUUUUAACGAGGGACGUGGAACGAAGCGACCUGGUGAGAGAUCACAGAAUAACAGUUUCUUCAAUGAUUUUGGCUUUGGUGGUUUCUCGUCGUUUGGUAACUUUAGUAACAUGGGUGCCGGAGGUGGCGGUUUCACUUCUUUUUCGUCAAUGUCGUCAUCCUUUGGAGGUGGACCGAAUGUCAAGUCUACUAGUACAUCAACUGUCAUCGUUAAUGGUAAAAAGAAGACCACAAAAAAAGUAAUUGAGAAUGGCGUCGAAACUGUCACCGUACAUGAAGAUGGAAUACUAACGUCGAAAACGGUCAAUGGGACGCCGCAACUUGAAGAUAAUAAUACCUAUCAACGUAUAAAGUACGCCUGA